UGGGUGUCGUUAUUCAAUUGAAGGGCAGCGGGGACGGAGUAGGUACAUAUGGAGCGCAGCGGCCGGCGCCGCCAUUUCGCUGCGAUCCGUGGGCCGAGCUGCAACCAUGAUGCUGCUGCUCCUGCUGCUGCAGCUCUCCGCUGUCCUCGCUCACAGCGGUUCUGAGCACUCUAACGUGGCCCUGACCGUAUCAUCGCUGAAGACACCGCUUGAUGGGGAGGGUCCGAAUGUAAUUCAGCGCCAGCUGGAGAUGGUCUGGGAGCCUAUGCCGGACGCUGAAUGGCUGGGACUCUUCACCGUCUCUCCGCCGCAGAAGGCCAGCGAAGGACCAGCACCACUCGUUCGCAUUAAUCCUUCAGACUACCCAGGCGGCUACUACCGCACGAACGUCAGUCUACCUCGCGACCAGUAUCCUAACGGCUGGACAAAGGGGUCCAAAGAGAAGCCUGUUCCAGGAGAUGCUUGCAUGCCCUUCUGGAUUGCCGCCUACAACAAAAAUGAUGAAUUACUGUACGAUAACUGCAUUAAAAUCCGGCCUACUUGGAUGGGCGAUCACAGAACAAAGCUGGAAAUCUUGACUCUUGCUGAUUUGUUCAUCCCUGGAACACACAGUGCAGCCACUUACAAUAGAGAAUCUACAGUUGGACCUAUUGGACACUAUGUUCUCACACAAGAUACUGAUAUCUGGGGCCAGCUAGUACAUGGAAUUCGAUACUUAGACCUUAACAUUCGCCACUGCUAUGGUGGCAAUGCAACUGCCUAUACUCCUAUUGCACAAGAUGUUGACAGGUUCAGAAAACUAGUUAAUGUUGAUGGUGUGACACACAUAUUAGAAGAAAUUAAAGAUUAUAUGAAGAGGAUAAGUUGUGAGAUAGUCAUCCUUGAUAUACAAGAAUUUCCCCCUGGCUUUGACGAGCAUGCUAGCAAUCAUCACCAGUUUGUUUCAUUGGUACAUUCAGUACUUGGUGAAUUUGUAUUACCAUUCAGCAAUAUAAGCUACAAUUCUACUCUAGCUGAAGUUUGGGAAACUGGCCGGAACCUAAUUGUUGCAUACAACCAUCCUGAGACUGUAAAAGAAUUUGACUGGUUAUGGCCACCUAUUACUCACAAGUGGUUGGAAAGUAAUUCACCUCAAGAUGUAAAGGAAUUCUUGCAAGAAUGCAUUGACAAUGCAAGGAUAUCAAAUGAAACCACCUUUUGGGUUGCUUCAGCUUUUCUCAAACCUAGUCCCAUAGACUUUAUGUUUGGUGGUGCAAAAAGCCUACGUGAGCUUGCAGACAAGUUAAAUCAAAACCUUACAAGGUGGUUUAUGGAUGAGUGGUGGGAAUUUGCUAAUAUUGUUAGCACUGAUUUUUUUCUGGGCAAUACAAUAAUUGAUACUGCUGUAAAAUCUUGCCUUGACAAAGCAAAUAAUUUAACUCAGUCUCGCUUAGAUAUUAGAAAUAAAUGAAACCUCAAAUGAUUAUCUGCUUCAUUGUCAAUAUAUGAAGACAUGCUAGACAAGAAGUCAAGAAGACAAGUGCUGUUAAUAGAAUAUUUGUUGUAGUUGAAGUGAUGUAAAAAUAUGCAUACUUGGUGUGAGAUGUACACAAUGGUGGACAGCAGGAGAUGUCUGUGGUUUAUUGUGAUUUUUUCUGUAACCAAUUGUAAAUAGCGGAAUAAUAUUUGACUAAUUAACAAAACAUGUAAUAAAAUAUUCUUGGUGCA